AUGGAGGACGAGGAGAGACAAUUCAAAUUAAUGUGCAUGACUGGUCUCCAAGUGAAGCAUGGUGACUCUGUCGAAGUUGAAGGAAGAAUUAAAUUCGCAGCACAAAAAUUUGCAAUUAAUCUAGAAGAAGACUAUUGGAACAUUGCACUGCAUUUUAACCCACGGUUUUCUGCGGCUGAAUCUAAGAUUGUCUUGAAUAACAUGGUCAACAACGCCUGGAAGGAGGAGAAGAUCGAGAAAUGCGCCCUACAGCAUAACGAAGAUUUCAAGGUCCACAUUAAGUUCACCAAAGACAACUUUGAGAUCGACCUAGGUGAUGAAACCACAAUGACCUUUCCAAACCGCAGUGGCUUGGAGAUAAUUGAAAUGCUUUCGAUCAGUGGGGAUAUUCAGCUGAAGAGCGUGAAAUUGAACAAAUGA